AUGUCGAACACCACGUUCUUUAUUCGCCCGGCUCAGGUCGAGGACGUGGACUCCAUUUUUCAGCUGGUCGUCGCGCUCGCGACGUACGAAAAGGCCGCGGACUCGGUCAAGGCGACGCCCGAGUUGCUCCGCCAAAACCUCUUCUCCACGCCAUACGCACACACGCUGCUCGCCUUCGCCGGCUCGCCGGACAGCCCGGGCGCAGCCGUUGGUAUGGCUCUCUACUUCUUCAACUAUUCCACCUGGACCGGAAAGCCCGGACUCUAUCUGGAGGACCUGUACGUCGAGCCCGAAUACCGCAGUGCGGGCAUCGGCAAGGCACUCUUCUCCGAGUUGGGAAGAGUCGCACAGGAACGGAACUGCGCCCGGAUGGACUGGUCCGUGCUCAAGUGGAAUCAACCCUCGAUCGACUUCUAUGAGAAGCGGCUGGGCGCGACGGCUAUGUCCGAGUGGAUGGGCAUGCGCUUGGACGAGGACGGGAUCGAGCGGCUUAAGCAGCUCGCGCCGAAUGCGACUUGAUGCAUGGAGUAGAUGUCUUGUAUUUAUCUCUAAAGAGAGAGCAAGAGAAAAGAAACCAGCAGUUUCUCCCGGACACGCAUAUGAGCGACGGAACACCAGUCACUCUCAAACGCGCAUGUGCUUCGUCAUGAUUGGCAUUGCAAUUGGUGGUAUGAUAUGAUAGCUGUAGGGCGGAUGUGAUGGUGGUAAAACGAAGAAAGCAGUAAGAUGCAACACGACCCCCCAGGAGGAUUAUAACGGUCAU